AUGGAUACAGAAUCUACAUAUUCGGGAUACUCCCACUACUCAGGUCACUCCAAAAAAGCCCACAGACAAGGGGAAAAGAGUCGGGACCGGCACAAAUCACCACGAAGCAAAGAUGGCAGUCGGUCUGAGAAGUCCGUCACUAUCCAGACACCUCCUGCAGAGCCGCUGCUUGGGAACGAUGCCUCUCGGGCGGAGGAGGGACAGGAUGACAACUGGGGUGAGACCACGACAGCAAUCACAGGCACCUCUGAGCACAGCAUUUCCCAGGAGGACAUUGCCCGGAUCAGUAAGGAUCUGGAGGACAGCGUUGGGUUGGACUGCAAACGUUACCUGGGCUUAACAGUGGCAGCUGUUCUCGGACUCCUUGUCUUCCUUACCCCCAUCGCCUUCAUUCUGUUACCCCAGAUCCUGUGGCGGGAUGAUCUGGAGCCGUGUGGUACUGUCUGUGAGGGACUGUUCAUCUCUGUGGCGUUUAAACUCCUCAUUCUUCUGAUUGGGACCUGGGCUCUGUUUUUCCGCCAGCCUAAGGCAGAUAUACCAAGGGUGUUUGUGUUUCGGGCCCUUCUGUUGGUCCUCAUAUUCCUGUUUGUGUUUUCCUACUGGCUCUUUUACGGCGUUCGCAUCUUGGACUCGAAGGACACCAAUUACCAAGGAAUAGUGCAGUACGCCGUGUCUCUGGUGGAUGCUCUGCUUUUCAUUCACUACCUGGCCAUUGUGCUGCUGGAGCUGCGGCAGCUGCAGCCCAUGUUCACUGUCAAAGUAGUUCGGUCAACGGAUGGAGAGUCGCGGUACUACAGCUUGGGGCACUUGAGCAUCCAGCGAGCUGCUCUGGUGGUUCUGGAAAAUUACUACAAAGAUUUCACAGUCUACAACCCAGCCUUGUUAACAGCCUCCAAAUCCCGUGCAGCCAAGCAUAUGGCUGGCCUGAAAGUCUACAACGUUGAUGGCCCAGGUAACAACGCCUCGGGGCAGUCCCGUGCCAUGAUUGCGGCUGCAGCCCGUCGCAGGGACUCCAGUCACAACGAGCUCUACUACGAAGAGGCCGACCACGAGCGCCGAGUGAAAAAACGCCGUGCAAGGCUUGUGGUUGCAGUAGAGGAGGCUUUCACUCACAUCAAACGCCUGCAGGCAGAGGAACAGCAGAAAGCUCCAGGAGAGAUGAUGGACCCCCGAGAAGCAGCCCAGGCAAUCUUCCCCUCUAUGGCAAGAGCUCUGCAGAAGUACCUUCGCACCACCCGCCAGCAACAGUACCACAGCAUGGAGAGCAUCUUGCAACACUUGUCCUUCUGCAUCACCAAUAACAUGACACCAAAGGCAUUCCUGGAGCGUUACCUCAACCCGGGCCCAACCCUCCAGUACGACAGGGAUCGCUGGUUCUCCAAGCAGUGGACGCUUGUCAGCGAGGAAGCGGUCACAAGCGGGUUACAAGACGGCAUUGUUUUUGUCCUCAAGUGCUUGGACUUCAGCCUUGUUGUUAAUGUGAAGAAAAUCCCCUUCAUCAAACUCUCGGAAGAGUUCAUAGACCCUAAAUCUCAUAAAUUUGUCCUCCGCUUACAGUCUGAGACUUCAGUCUAA